UGUGUGGGGGCUGGCCCCCGAGCCGCCAUCCUGGUCCUGGUUCCUGCCCCGGUCCCGCUGGCUGGCUGGGACACUGAGCGGAUGUCUGCAUGGCUGCCCUGCUGAUGCCCCGCAGGAGCAAGGGGAUGCGGACGCGCCUGGGCUGCCUGUCCCACAAGUCCGACUCCUGCAGUGACUUCACGGCCAUCCUCCCCGACAAGCCCAGCCGUGCGCUCAAGAGACUCUCCACGGAAGAAGCGGCACGGUGGGCAGACUCCUUCGACGUGCUUUUGGCCCACAAGUACGGCGUGGCGGCCUUCCGAGCCUUCCUUAAGACCGAGUUCAGUGAGGAGAACCUGGAGUUCUGGCUGGCCUGCGAGGACUUCAAGAGGACGCGGUCGGCGGCCAAGCUGGCGUCCAGGGCGCACCGCAUCUUCGAGGAGUUUGUGGAUGUGCAGGCUCCGCGGGAGGUGAACAUCGACUUCCAGACCCGAGAAGCCACGAGGAAGAACAUGGAGGAGCCCUCUCUGAGCUGCUUCGACCAAGCCCAGGGCAAGGUGCACAGCCUCAUGGAAAAGGACUCUUACCCUCGAUUCCUGAGGUCCAAAAUGUACUUGGAUUUGCUAUCCCAGAGCCAGAGGAGGCUCAGCUAG